CUUCCACCUCACCGCCACCGUUCACCCCCCUCUUUCGCCGGUCCCUUCCCUUCUUUCAAAUGAUCUCCAUUAACGCCACCUAUUUAUAUCGUCUCUCCCAUCGUGAGCCAAAUCAUCGAAUCUCCCCCCCAAGAUUGACCGUGCGCUUCUGUUCGUCAUCUUUGGGUCUCCAUGGCGGCAUCGGCAGCUCCGGACGGCGGAGAACGGAGCUUGCUGGGGAAUGGCGUCGUUGGGAUCCUCGCGGAGUCGAUAAACAUAUGGGAGAGGAGAGCGCCGCUGGCGCCGUCCCACUGCGCUCGCCUUUUGCUGAGCGGGAAGGGCCAGAGCGGAGUCGAGCGGAUCAUCGUGCAGCCGAGCACGAAGCGGAUUUUUCAUGACGCGCAGUACGAGGAUGUAGGGUGUGAGGUAUCGGAUGAUCUCUCGGAAUGUGGCCUGAUCAUAGGGAUCAAGCAACCAAAGUUGGAGAUGAUUUUUCCUGAUAGAGCCUAUGCCUUCUUCUCCCACACCCACAAGGCGCAGAGAGAAAACAUGCCGCUGUUGGAUAAGAUUCUUGCAGAAAGAGUUUCCUUGUUUGACUACGAGCUUAUAGUUGGAGAUAGUGGGAAAAGACUGCUUGCAUUUGGAAAAUUUGCUGGCAGAGCUGGCCUAAUUGACUUUUUACAUGGGCUUGGACAACGAUACUUGAAUCUUGGAUAUUCAACACCCUUAUUGUCUCUGGGGGCCUCUCAUAUGUAUUCUUCCCUUGCUGCGGCCAAGGCUGCAGUGAUUUCUGUUGGUGAAGAAAUAGCAACACUGGGGCUGCCAUCUGGAAUUUCACCCUUAGUCUUUGUAUUUACUGGGGAUGGAAAUGUUUCUCAGGGUGCACAGGAGAUAUUUAAGCUCUUACCUCAUACCUUUGUUGAUGCUCAGGAACUUCCAGAAAUUGUUGGUCUGGCUAAGGACCAUGCUCAACAUUCAGGAUCAAGAAGGAGAGUUUUUCAAGUCUAUGGCUGUGUGGUGACUUGUCAAGAUAUGGUUGCACCAAAGGAUUCGACAAAAACUUUCAAUAAGGCAGACUAUUAUGCACAUCCAGAUCAUUACUAUCCUGUUUUUCAUGAAAAAAUUGCUCCAUAUGCAUCUGUCAUAGUGAAUUGUAUGUAUUGGGAGAGAAGAUUUCCUCGGUUGUUGACUACCUUACAGUUGCAAGAAUUAAUGAAGAAAGGAUGCCCACUCGUUGGAGUUUCUGACAUUACAUGUGAUAUUGGAGGGUCGCUUGAAUUUGUUAAUCAAACAACAUUAAUAGAGAGGCCUUUCUUCAGAUAUGACCCCUUCACUGAUUCAUACCAUGAUGACAUGGCGGGUGAUGGCCUGAUUUGUUUAGCUGUUGACAUCCUCCCCACAGAAUUCCCAAAAGAGGCUUCUCAGCAUUUUGGAGAUAUUUUAUCACAGUUCAUUGGUAGCUUGGUUUCAACUACAAACAUUAAAGAACUCCCUUCACACUUGCAGAAGGCCUGUAUCACUCAUAACGGUUCACUUACCUCUUUAUAUGAAUAUAUCCCCCGAAUGAGAAAAACCAUAAUAGAUCUAUCACCUGGUCCUGUAAAUGAUUCAUCUGGGAAGAAAAAAUACAAUAUACUGGUGUCUCUCAGUGGUCAUCUGUUUGAUCAGUUUUUGAUUAAUGAAGCUCUGGAUGUUAUUGAAGCUGCUGGAGGAUCUUUUCACUUAGUUAGGUGCGAAGUCGGGCAAAGUGCAAAGUCCAUGUCCUACUCAGAACUUGAAGUGGGUGCUGAUGACACUGUGAUCCUGGAUCAGAUAGUGGAUUCUCUGACUUCUAUCGCAAACCAAAGCGAUCAAAAUGGAGCUUCCAGCAGGCAAUUAUCUUUGAAGAUAGGAAAAGUUAGCGAAAGUAUCAUGCAAGAUAGAAGUGGACUUAAGAGAAGGCCAGCGGUUUUGAUUCUGGGUGCAGGACGUGUAUGCCGACCGGCUGUGGAGUUUUUAACUUUACUGGGGAGUAAAUCCUAUGAAAAUUCUACUAAAUCAUGCCUGGCCAUUGACAAUGAAGAAUUUGAAGAGUUUGAGGUCAUUGUGGCAUCUCUAUAUGAGAAGGAUGCAAAGGAGACUAUUGAAGGCAUUCCUAAUGCAACAGCUAUUCAGCUUGAUUCAAUGGAUUAUGGAAGACUUACAGAGUAUGUAUCUCAGGUUCAUGUUGUACUUAGCUUACUACCUCCUAGUUUUCAUGCUACCAUAGCAAAGGCAUGCAUCGAGCAUAAAAAACACAUGGUCACAGCAAGCUAUGUUGAAGCUACCAUGUCAAGUUUGGAUGAAAGGGCAAGGACUGCUGGCAUCACGAUCCUUUGCGAAAUGGGCCUUGAUCCUGGGAUAGACCACAUGAUGGCUAUGAAGAUGAUCAAUCAAGCACAUAUUAGAGGAGGGAAAAUAAAAGCAUUUACUUCGUAUUGUGGUGGUCUUCCAUCUCCUGCUGCUGCCAACAACCCACUAGCAUACAAGUUCAGUUGGAAUCCUGCUGGUGCUCUUCGAGCUGGGCGAAAUUCUGCCACUUACAAGUAUCUUGGAGAAAUUGUACAUGUUGAUGGUAAUGAACUGUAUGACUCAGCAAUGAGAUUCAGGUUACCAGAACUUCCAGCAUUUGCAUUGGAGUGUCUCCCAAAUCGGAAUUCGUUGCUCUACGGGGAUUUAUAUCACAUCACCAAUGAAGCGUCAACCAUAUUUAGGGCGACCCUCCGUUAUGAAGGCUUUAGUGAGAUAAUGGCAUGUCUGGCGAGGAUUGGUCUCUUUGAGACUGAAAAUCAUCCCAUGCUGGGAGGAGCUCAGAGGCCAACAUUUGCUUCCUUUCUUAAUGAGCUCCUAGCUGAUAAAAACUCUGCUAGUACUAACACACUUGGAUCUACUGAAAAUGAGCAAGAAAUGAUAAAGAGGUUGAUCAUACUCAAAUAUUGCAAUGACGACGCUGCAGCAACUAGAACAGUCAAAACUAUCAAGUUCCUAGGGCUUCAUGAGAGUAAAGAAAUCCCAGUGGCAUGUUCAAGUGCAUUUGAUGUUGUCUGCUUACGCAUGGAAGAGCGACUAGCCUACACCAACAAAGAGCAGGAUAUGGUGCUUUUGCAUCAUGAAGUCCAGAUAGAGUUUCCUGAUGGAAGACCCACAGAGAACCACUGGGCAACCUUGCUGGAAUUCGGAAAGGUAGAAGAUGGCAAAGCUACUUCUGCAAUGGCUCUCACAGUUGGAAUUCCUGCAGCAAUUGGAGUAUUGCUCCUACUUGAGAACAAGAUCCAGAGCAGAGGGGUGGUCAGACCCCUUGAACCAGAAGUAUACGUGCCGGCAUUGGAUAUUCUAGAAGCGUCUGGAAUAAAGCUGAUAGAGAAAUGCCAGACCUCAUGAAUGUCAACCUAUCCAGAAUGACCGGGUAUCACUCUUUCAUGUUGUAUAGUUUAAGAGUGAUGUAAAUUAGUCUUCCGGUGAACCCAUCUGUUGUUACCAUCUGUGGCAUACAUUCUCCUCACAAUAAGACAUUAAGUUACUUUCCUAUUGUACUUGUGUGUUCAUAUGUCCAACUAGUGAAUGAAUAAAAUGAUGCCGAUAAGGUCUUUGAUACAA